AUGAGGAAAAGAAGAAAUAUGCUUCUGUCUGUGUUGGCAGAGAAGAGGACAUUAGAAAAUCAGAAAGAAUGACAGCUGUUGUCCAUGACAGAGAAGUGGUCAUUUUCUACCACAAAGGGGAAUAUCAUGCUAUGGACAUUCGCUGCUACCAUUCUGGAGGGCCCUUACAUUUGGGAGAAAUUGAGGUCCAUCCACAUCGUGGCGUUGGGGAACGAGGGCGACACGUUUCACCAGGACAACCGGCCGUCGGGGCUCAUCCGCACGUACCUGGGAAGAAGCCCGUUGGUGUCGGGGGACGAGAGCAGCUUGUUGCUGAAUGCGGCCAGCACGAUCGCGCGCCCGGUGUUCACUGAGUACCAGGCCAGUGCGUUCGGGAACGUCAAGCUGGUGGUGUACGACUGUCCCGUCUGGGACAUUUUUGACAGUGAUUGGUACACCUCCCGAAACCUAAUUGGGGGUGCCGACAUCAUUGUGAUCAAAUACAAUGUAAAUGACAAGUUUUCAUUCCACGAAGUAAAAGAUAACUAUAUUCCAGUGAUUAAAAGAGCAUCAAACUCAGUUCCAGUAAUCAUCGCAGCUGUUGGUACGAGACAAAAUGAAGAAUUACCUUGUACGUGCCCCCUGUGUACUUCAGACCGAGGGAGCUGUGUUACCACCACAGAAGGGAUCCAACUCGCCAAAGAACUGGGAGCUACAUAUCUGGAACUCCACAGCCUUGAUGAUUUCUACAUUGGAAAGUACUUUGGAGGAGUGUUGGAGUAUUUUAUGAUUCAAGCCUUAAAUCAGAAGACAAGUGAAAAAAUGAAGAAAAGGAAAAUGACCAGCUCCUUCCAUGGGAUUCGACCUCCUCAACUUGAACAGCCAGAAAAGAUGCCUGUCCUGAAGGCCGAGGCCUCACACUACCACGCCGACUUGAAUAACUUGCUGCUCUGCUGCCAGUGUGUGGAUGUGGUUUUUUAUCACCCAGAAGUGAUGGGUGUCGUGGAAGCCCACAAGAUCGUUCUCUGCUCUGUAAGCCAUGUUUUCAUGCUGCUUUUCAAUGUGAAAAGCCCUGCCGACAUUCAGGAUUCCAGUAUCAUCCGAACCACCCAGGAUCUCUUUGCCAUAAACAGAGAUGUUGUGCUUCCAGGCGCUAGCCAGGAAGCCCCCAGCAACCCACCGUUGCAUGUCAUUGUUAAGGAUGCCCUCUUCUGCUCCUGUUUAUCAGACAUUCUGCGCUUCAUUUAUUCAGGUGCUUUUCAGUGGGAAGAGCUGGAAGAACAUGUCAGGAGGAAGCUGAAAGAUUCAGGGGAUGUUUCUGAUAUAAUCGAGAAAGUUAAAUGUAUUUUAAAAACACCAGGAAAGAUUAAUUGCCUGAGGAACUGCAAGACCUACCAAGCCAGGAAGCCUCUGUGGUUUUAUAAUACAUCUCUCAAGUUUUUCCUUAAUAAACCGAUGCUUGCUGAUGUUGUCUUUGAAAUACAAGGAGCAACUGUGCCAGCCCACAGGGCCAUCUUGGUGGCACGAUGUGAAGUGAUGGCUGCCAUGUUUAAUGGUAAUUAUAUGGAAGCCAAGAGUGUGCUGAUUCCAGUUUAUGGCGUUUCCAAAGAGACAUUCUUGUCAUUUUUAGAAUACUUAUACACAGACUCUUGUUGCCCAGCUGGCAUUUUUCAGGCCAUGUGUCUCCUGAUCUGCGCUGAGAUGUACCAAGUUUCCAGACUACAGCACAUCUGUGAGCUGUUCAUCAUCACACAGCUGCAGAGCAUGCCCAGCAGGGAGCUGGCCUCCAUGAACCUCGACAUUGUAGACCUGCUCAAAAAGGCCAAGUUUCACCACUCAGACUGCCUUUCCACCUGGCUGCUCCAUUUCAUUGCCACUAACUACCUCAUAUUCAGCCAAAAGCCUGAAUUUCAAGACCUUUCAGCUAUUGCUUAUGGAAUUGCCUAUAAAAUGUGCAAAUCAGAGACGCAGGGCAUCCUCUCAGGAGCUGUGGAAGACCCGGAUGCUGUGGCAGGGUGGAAGAACGAAGUUUUGUUGAAAAGCACAGAUGGCCGUCAAACAUGUACCUGAAGCAGCUGGCAGAGUACAGGAAGUAUAUCCACUCCAGGAAAUGUCGCUGUUUAGUCAUGUGACCUAAGCUUUUGCAUACAUACAUUUUUUUAUUAUUAUGAAGAAUGGGUAAUUCUGGAUUCCAGUAAAAUUCAUAUAACUAAAAUCAAUAUGUUUUAAAAAUCACCAUAUAGCUUCUUACUAGUUGUCUUUUAAAGACUGUAGUGCUCUUAAAAGGGAACAAAAGCUACUACAGACUAAAUUAAUGUUUCACCUAGAAUAUAAAACUGUUAGACAUUGGGUUCUCCUUUAUGUUGCCCUAUUGCUUUAAUAACAUCAAGAUCUCUCCUAGUUAAGAGGUGUUUAAUUUAAAAAAAAAAAAAAAAGCAU